UUCCAUCGUCCCACUGCAGCGAGCAAAGCCAACACUGGGCAAUCCUCUAAAAUGUUUAUUUGGACCAGUGGCCGGAGCUCUACAUCAUACAGACAUGACGAGAGAAGGGAUCAUGAUCUACUGGACAAAAGGAAAACAGUCACAGCCCUAAAAGCUGGAGAAGACCGGGCCAUACUCCUCGGGCUGGCCAUGAUGGUGUGCUCUAUCAUGAUGUACUUUCUGCUGGGAAUCACCCUGCUGCGGUCUUACAUGCAAAGUGUCUGGACAGAAGAGACUCAGUGCUCGCUUCUCAAUGCAUCCAUCACAGAAACCUUCAACUGCUCAUUUAGCUGUGGUCCAGACUGCUGGAAGAUCUCCCAGUACCCCUGCCUCCAGGUGUAUGUUAAUCUCACUUCCUCUGGCCAGAAGCUCCUGCUCUACCACACCGAGGAAACAAUGAAAAUUAAUUCUGAGUGUUCGUACAUACCCCAGUGUGGCAAGAAUUACGAGGAAUCCAUGUCGCUCGUGAACGUCGUGAUGGAAAACUUCAGGAAGUACCAACGCUUCUCCUGCUUCUACGACCCUGAGGGCACUCAGAAGAAUGUGAUACUAACCAAACUGUACAGCUCCAACGUGCUGUUCCACUCCCUCUUCUGGCCCACCUGCAUGAUGAUCGGCGGGGUCGCCAUCGUCGCGAUGGUGAAGCUAACUCAAUACCUCUCCCUCCUCUGUGAGAGGAUUCAAAGGAUUAACAGAUAAACCCAAAAACUUCUCCAAGAUUUAAUUACAGCGAAAAUACUGUUUUCUCAUUCUUCACCAAAGAACCUUAAGUUUGUAAUGUACAAGUCUGUUAUAAGUUCCUUACUAUGUUCUUAUAAGUAGAGCAAUAAUGCAAAAGCUGUUCUAUAUGCAAACAUGAUGUUGUUAUUAUGCAGACAACUGAAAAAAAAAAAAAGUACUGGUUUGUGUUGAUUGUCUAUAUGAUCUUGUUUUAUGCUGAGACUAGUACUUCUUUCUUUUCUACGGCCAAAAUAGGGCUCAGUGUGACCAUCUGCCAAGCUUAGUCAAUUGUUAUUUUCAGUGUAAAGGAUUCUGGGGAAAAUUCACCACUGGGCAAAGGGUAGCCAACCACUUGCACAUCACUGAGCUCUCAUGUCUGGCUCAGUCCAUUCAACAGAUUUGCAGCUCUGUGUUUUUAUUAUAGGCUGCAAGGGGGGGAAGAAUUGAUGGUGUCUUUUUAUGCUAAGAUGGCAAAAGAGGGAUGUGUUUUGAGGCCAGGAUAAACAUACAGUAUUUUCAGCCUCAGUAGGAUUUGGUGAUGUUUUGUGUUUGCUCCCCCAGUUCAGAAGUAAAUUUACCCUAUGGUGUUUAAGGUCUUUUGGAAAACACUUUGGAGUUCUAUUUUAUUUAGUGUUAUAUUUCCUUCUGUCUUAUCAACAUCAUCUUUGUCACUUGCAGAAGUGGCAGCCAAAAAAAAAAAA